GUGUCAUGGGGGAAGGGUUUAACAGUCAGCAGCGGCAUGUUCUACUUUCUACACCACAACGAGCUGCUGUCUGUCUCAGUGUGCUGAUAUGGUUUUUUAAAGCGUGGAAUUGAUCAAAUUCACAAAAUGUACAAAGGACUGCUAUUUUUGACUGUCAUAUGCAGUGUGAAUGGAUUCAACGUUCAAAUAAAUCCAGUGAAGCAUUUUACAAAUGAAGAUCCACUCUUUGGGCAAACGGUUAUUCAAUCAAAAGAUGGAGUUUUUGUUCCUUCCCCAACAAAUGGAAAUCUUUUCAGAUGCCAUCUAGAGAAUGAAUGCGUCAAAGUAGAUUUUAACGAUAAAAAACCAAAAGGCCUGAGACCUGUAGCAUCUGUAGCUACUACCAUGACAUCAGAAGAUGAGCACUUUGUGAUGUGUAAUCAGGUUCGCAUAAAAAAGUCAGUAACUGAGGAUUUGAAUGGAAAGUGCCAACAGAUGAGUCUCACUGGGAAAGAAGACCUGAAUCCUGCUGAAUUAGUCAACACCACCACCACCAACAACAACAACAACAACAACAACAACAACAACAACAACAACAACAACAACAAUCGAGGUAGAAGAAUCGAUCAAGUUAAGAGGAUGAGAAGAGAAGCCCAGCCAGACAGUGACACAAAAACAGAUGAUGAUGAGGAUGAUGAUGAUGCUGGGACAGAGAUUGCUUUUGUGCUGGACGGCUCUGGUAGCAUUCAACAUGAUGACUUUCAGAGAGCCAAAGACUUCAUCCACAAUGUCAUGUUCAAUGUUUGGAAUGCAUGUUUCGAUUGUGACUUUGCGAUAGUGCAAUAUGGCAGUAAGAUCAGGACAGAGCUCUCACUUCUAGACAAUAAGGACGGUAACAGAACCUUGGAAAAGGUCCAGAAAAUACAGCAAAUUUACAAUCUCACAAAGACUGCCUCGGCCAUCCAUCAUGUCCUUACGAAUAUUUUCAUCCCUGAGAAUGGAUCAAAAAAUAACUCCAAAAAAAUAAUAAUUGUGUUGUCUGACGGGAAAAUUUUGGGAGACCCAAUGAAUCUUAAUGAUGUUUUGAACAUGCCACAAAUGAAAGAUAUCACUCGCUAUUCCAUAGGGGUUGGUGACGGUAUUCUGUCUAAUCCUGAAGCAAUAAAAGAGAUGAAGGAUAUAGCAGGUCCUAAUAAAUAUUUCAGUGUUUCCAAUUAUGCCGGAUUAAACGACAUUGUGUCCUCACUGCAACAAAGUUUAAUUAGAACUGAAGGCACUCAGCAAGGUGCAGGAAUUCAAUUCCAGCUCGCUGAAGCUGGAUUCAGCUCCCAUAUUGUGCAGGACAAAUCUGUUCUUUUUGGAGCAGUUGGUGCCUAUGACUGGAGUGGUGGGGUCAUUUUGAAAUCUGGUGACACUGUGAAAUUUUUGAAUGACUCUAAUAAUGGACCCAAAUUUUCAUAUUUAGGUUAUAGCGUCACUUCUGCUCAUUUAUCCGAUAAAACUCUGUACAUAUCUGGUGCACCACGGUAUAACUUAACUGGUGGAGUUUUUAUUUUUGAUGGCUCUGAAAAGUAUGUGCUCCACGGAGAUCAGGUUGGAUCUUACUUUGGAUCAGUUCUUUGUGCCUUGGACAUUGACAAGGAUAAAUACACAGAUCAUCUAUUAGUUGGAGCACCACAUUUCUAUCGAAAUGGGGAGGAAGGCAAAGUGCUAGUGUACAAAUUGAAUCAGGGCAGGUUUGAGAGCGUGACCAUGGAGCUAAAGCAUGACGAGGGACAGACCUUUGCAAGAUUUGGUGCAGCAAUUGGCUCUAUAGGAGAUAUUGAUGGGAACAAGUACAAUGAUGUAGCAGUGGGUGCUCCCCUAGAAACAGAUUCCUCUGGAAGCAUUUACAUUUACAAUGGAUUCAAAGAAGGCCUUCAGUUUUCACAAAAAAUUUCACCCUCAGAUUUUGGAAUGAAACUUGUGCAUUUUGGUCAGUCAGUAAGUGGUGCUCCUGCCACGGCACUAAAUAAGCCCUGCAUCGCUGUUGGAAGUCAAGGGAGAGUGACUGUUUUUGAGACUAUCCCUGUUGUGGUUAUCGAACCAGCUAUAACAGUUACUCCGGAAGAAAUUUUACUGACUCAACGGAUGAGCAAGCUUGACAUAAAAUUCAGUGUAUGCUUUGACAUGAAAAAGGGAAAACUUAAACCUGAAGAAAAACUUCCUCUUCAUUACCAAAUUGAUUUGGAUUCUGAUGUAAACAAAAAGCGUAUCACUGCUGAUAACAGCGAUCUCUUAAAAAACACUUUUACUUUGACGGCAGAUACAGAGUGCACACAUAUCGACCUACAAUAUUCGGAGUGUUAUGAUUGUUUUUCACCUAUUAAAAUCAAGCUGAAUUUUUCAUUGGCCCCCCACCCAAGUGGAGCCCCUAUCCGAAUUCUUGACAUAUUUACUCCAACUGAGGUUGUAAAGAAGAUUACCCUUCAAAAUGACUGCAAUGCUGGAGAUUGUAAACCAAGUAUUACAUUAUCUGAUUCAAAAAUUAGUGAAACUGUGAUCAUAAUUGGAGAAACUCAAAGCUUGAAUAUCAACUUCACUCUUACGAAUACUGAAGACCCUUCCUAUAUGACCACCCUGACUUUGACGUACCCCAGCAUACUCAGUCAAAGGAAAAUAGAAGGUGCCCCCUGCCCUGUGAAGAAUGACAAUCAGAUACAGUGUAAUAUUCAACACCCAGUUUUCAAAAGAGACACACAGACCAACCUCUUCAUCUCCUGGCAGCUCAAUGACAUCGAAUCUGAGUUGAGAAAUUCUGAGAUUAUCGCUAAUCUAACCAGUCAGAAUCAAGGCUCUCAGCUUCUGGACUCAAAAACAUAUGCAUUUAAUGUGAUGUAUUCCCUACCAAUCCAUCUGAAAGGCACAGCCUCCCCGAAUAGACUCCGUAUUGAAGAGGGGGCAAAAGGAGAAACUCAACCCAUGAAGUUUGUUUUUAAGCUUGUAGGUAAAAAUAAGUAUGGCGCUACAAUCAAUGUAGUUGUAAACAUAACAAAGGACACGUACAAAACCGAUCUGCACAUCAAAAGCGUCACACCAGAGGAGUGUGUUUUGAAAAAAGAUGAAGUGGAGGUACAAUAUACCAUCAGCUGUACCAUGAAAGAGCUGAAGGAAAUUACCAUUGAUGCCUAUGUUUUCAUACAUGAUGUUCAGGACAAAUUAGAAAAGAUCACUGCCGUUGGAAAAUACAGCUUUGAUGAGACCGUCUAUGCUGUGAAGGAUACUUCAAGGACCGCUACGGUGGAGGUGAUGAUUUCGAAGCUGACUGUGACAUCAUCUAAAGGUGCCAUCAUUGGAGGAUCCAUAGGAGGAUUUCUGUUCCUUUUCAUCAUUAUUAUCAUUCUCAUAAAGUGUGGCUUUUUCCGUCGCCGCCAUAAAGUGGACCAAGCACAGAGUCCACACUGAAGACUGCCAAAGCCCAGGAGGGAUAUAUAUAUUCCCAUAUAUCUUGCUUACAUUUGUGUCAAGAAAUUGUUGUUUAUGAGAUAAAAGUUAUCUUGUUUAUUUUAAUAUCAAUUUAAUAGCUUUUAGUGACUGAUUGUAUUUAAUAUAGUAUGUACAGAAAGAAUGUUAGACAAAAUCUCUAUAUCUAAAUAAAUGUAAAUCCUAUAUAUCCCAUAAUCAAGGCACUAAUUUCCAAAGUCCACAAUCAAAAUUUAAAUAUCAUUUUAAGAGGAAUUUGAGCAGAAUCAUCUAAAAACAUAGUUGAUUUUAAAAAUGAAAUUUAUGGCAAGACACAUUUGAAUACCAUUUUGGUUGAAAGAAAAAAAAAAAAAUUGUUUUGGUGGUUUGUUCUUACUAGCGUCAAACAGCUCUACGUGGUGUACACACAUAAACAGUCACAUAUAAGGCAGGUCAUGUGAUAUGGCCUUGUAUGGAGCUCUCUCACAUGUCUGGCUAUGUUUAGGCUUACAUCUGACUAAUGAAUGUCACAGCCUGUGCAGAAAUAGUGGACAACACACAAAGAUUUUACAUUGUAUCUCAAAGUUUUAAAUGAAUUGAAUUAUAAUAUACAUACGUUAUGUGCAGUGCCAAUGCUACCACAUGCUAAUCCACUAUACGUUCUCAAUUUGUGUAGUAAUUGCUUAACGAAUCGUUCUUUAGUUCACGAAUGAGCCAAGAACUGAUGAGUGAGCUGAUAUUUGGGGUGAACCAUGAGAGCCUAAUAGAUUAAUGCCACAAAUAAAAUGUCAUGGAAAUAUGCUUGUAUUUUAUUUUUAUUUUUUUUGUAUAUGAUUAAUAAAUAUUUUUUGACGUACACAA